ACAGAGUCCAUGUACCAUCGGGAAGACAGCCACUCCUCUCACUACCGCGAAACGACGCGAAAAUCUUAAUAACCACGUGAAUAUUUAAGAGAACAAGUUCUUUCCACGCUUUUCACUUACCCGCAUUCAUGAGAAAUGGGUUUAUUUAAUUUUUUUAUGAAGGGAUGUAAUUUGGAUAUUUCCGCCGGGUGGUGCAUUUCACGGAUUUCCCGCAGAAAUAAUUUUCUGUAAUAUCUUGGCGAAUUUAUUUGAAAGACCUCACGGGACGAAACGGGAAUAGCACAGAAAGGCGUUGAAGAUUUCCCAAAACCUAAGGGCUGUUGAGAAGUUGACAGGCCACCGUUUUGAGAAUCACUCCUUCAGUGUGUCGUACAUACUGGACGAGGAGGCAGGAAGGGACGGGGGUGGAAGACCCCAGGUCCCGCGAGGGGCAUCUAAAAUGGGGACAGGAAGUCGGGAGCAGGAGUUUGGUCAGCCAGGGGCGAUGGGAGGCCCCCAGGGGCCGAGGCAGCGUCAGCAAGAACUGCCACUAAGAAUCCUAGUACCCACUCAGUUUGUGGGAGCCAUCAUUGGAAAAGAGGGACUCACCAUAAAGAACAUCACAAAGCAGACACAGUCCAAGGUAGAUAUCCAUCGUAAAGAGAAUGCUGGGGCGACUGAGAAGGCCAUCACUAUCCACUCAUCUAAAGAGGGCUGUUCACAAGCCUGCAGGAUGAUCCUGGAAAUCAUGGAAAAAGAGGCUAAUGACACCAAGAUUGUUGAGGAGGUUCCUCUGAAGAUCUUGGCCCACAAUAGCCUUGUUGGGAGACUCAUAGGGAAGGAGGGCAGGAACCUGAAGAAGAUAGAGCAAGAUACAGGGACCAAGAUCACCAUUUCUGCAUUACAAGACCUGACGAUAUAUAACCAGGAACGUACCAUCACGGUGAGGGGAGGGGUGGAGGAGUGCUGUAAUGCAGAAAUGGAGGUCAUGAAGAAACUUUCAGAAGCCCAUGAGAAUGAUGUAGCUUCACUUAAUCAGCAGACUAACAUGAUACCAGGUCUAAACAUGAGUGCAUUGGGGAUCUUCUCCUCUGGCUUGUCUGUUCUCCCCCCAACCUCUGGUCUGCGUGGAUCUCUGUCCACCCCUGCCAACUACAGCCCCCUGCUGGGACCCUCUUCAGUAAUGGGGGGCAUGUAUGGGCUUCCCUCCUCUGGAGCAUUAUCUCUUCAGCAAGUGUCUGCUGAACAGGAAGUGGUCUAUCUUUUCAUCCCCACUCCAGCAGUAGGAGCUCUCAUCGGGAAGAAAGGGCAGCACAUUAAAGAGCUGGCACACUUCGCUGGAGCCUCAAUAAAAAUUGCUGCACCAGACAGUCCUGAUGAGCCGGAGAGGAUGGUCAUCAUCACUGGACCACCAGAGGCUCAGUUCAAGGCACAGGGGAGGAUAUAUGGGAAGUUGAAAGAGGAGAAUUUUUUCACAGCUAAGGAAGAGGUGAAGUUGGAGGCACAUAUAAAAGUACCUUCAUCCGCCGCCGGACGAGUCAUCGGGAAAGGUGGAAAAACGGUCAAUGAGCUACAGAAUCAAACCAGUGCUGAGGUCAUUGUACCACGGGACCAGGCACCAGAUGAGAACGAUGAAGUGUUUGUUAAGAUUAUUGGACAUUUCUUUGCCAGUCAGACGGCCCAGCGCAAGAUCAGAGAGAUCGUACAACAGGUCAAACAGCAAGAGCGGAAACACCAGCAAAUGGUGCCAACAUCCUCACAACCAUCAAAAUGAUCAGCAGAUGCCAGCAAGCAGCAGAUAAUGAAUGUAGCUCAUGCGAGGACAAAUCGAAAUCAACAAAAGAAAGAACGAAUUAAAGAGAUAGACAAAGGGAGAGUGAGACCGAGCGAGAAACAGAGAGAGACGGAAGCUGAUGAAGAGGACCAGCAGUAAAAAAAAAAAACCCAAAGAACUCAAAGCACAAAAACAUUUGGUCGUGUGGAUAUGAAUGAACCUGAAAGGUGAUCGAGAGUGUUAUCAGGUCAGAGAGAUCUUUUUUAUGAGAUGGACCUGAUCAUUCAUUGAGCUCUUUUUAUUACUGAUUAAGCUGAUGUGAGACUAAAUAGACCCAGACAGCUACAUAGUGUCGGCCCAGAUCGGGCCAUAUCUGGAACGGGUGGAAUCCACAUGUACCAGAAGUGGCCCGGAUCUGGGCCGGCACUAUAUUGCUGUCCAGGGAGGAUUUGUGUACUGUGAUGGAGAGUGCUAGAUGAGGUGAAGGCACACUGCAGGUAGAUUUCUUAGAGACUUGCAGGUCUAGUUGUUCCAUUAGGUCUACUAAUUUAUUAAAAGAUAUAGGAAAAUUGCACAGCAGUAUGUUAAUAAGAUUCUAAAAAACAUUAUAUAGGUUUAUUCGACAGAAUUUUCUUUUGGAAAUUAAUUUCAGGCUAUUUAAUGCGAGUAAUCAGAUUUGUUUCUCGACUUUUUCUAGUAACUAAUUAGUACAGCACGGUAACUAAAACCAUUAAGUGAUGUUACAAAGGAACGUACAUGAUUUAAGGAGAGAGCUAACUUGUGCGCCAGCAUUUCACUUCCAGUUCCUCAAUUUUAUACUGCUGAGUCUGAGCGUUCUCCUCUGCUUGCUGCCCUGUUCUCUUUUCUCUUUUUUUUAUUCUGUUUCUUUUUCUUAAAUGUUUCCCUAUUGCCAUCUUAUUCCUCACACAGUAUGAGAUCUGUCUGUGUGCCAACUGUGCAUAAAAUAACUACAGUCCCAAAACAGAAGAAAAUCUAGAUUAUCUUGCUUUGGGAAUUUAAUGUUGACAUCCUGUACUCCCCACUUAAGAUAUUACACAUACCCUUACUAUUAACAUAUGCUAGCGUUCAAAAGUUUGGGGUCAGUAAGAUUUUUUGGUAACACUUUACAAUAAGGUUCAUUAGUUAACAUUAGUUGAUGUAUUAACUAACAUGAACUUACAAUGAGCAAUACAUUUGUUACAGUUUUAGUUCAUCUUUGUUAACGUUACUUAAUAAAAAUCCAGCUGUUCAUUGUGUGUUCAUGGUAGUUCACAGUGCAUUAACUAAUGUUAACAAGCACAACCUUUGAUUUUAAUAAUGUAUUAGUAAACGUUGACAUUAAUAUUAAAUAAGAUUAAUAAAUGCUGUAGAAGUAUUGUUCAUUCUUAGUUCAUGUUAACUAAGGUAGUUAUAUAAUGUUAACUAUUGAACCUUAUUGUAAAGUGUUAUUGAUUUUUUUUAAAGGAAAUUAAACCUUUUAUUCAGCAAAAAUGCUUUAAAAAGUGACUGUGAAUACAUUUAUAAUGUUUAUUUGACAUUUAUAUUUCAAAUAAACACUGUUCUUUUCAACUUUUCUGUGCAUAAAAAAUGGACUUAUUUGUAUUUCCACAAAAAUAAGCAGCACAACUGCUUUCAACAUUGAUAAUAAUAAUAAUAAAUG